CGCGCGUGUUCCGGUUUCCCCCGCGGAGGCUGCCGCGCGCGGAAGCAGCGGUUUGCAAAGAGGUGCAUGGCGCUGAGCGGAGAUGGCGCGGCUCCGGCUGUAUCCCGGGAGCUGCUUUCCGCGGGGAGCGGAGGAGGUAUUCAUGAGACACUAUUGCUAAAUUCAAAGCAUGCUAAGAAGAAAGCCAUGAGCUUACAGACGGUCAGGCUUCCAAGGAGCAACCUUUUGGACAGGGUGCAGAACUUUCUACCACAGAUGGCCAACGCAAAUGACGAGCUAAGAAGAGAAAUGGAAAACACCCCUGUUCAAGAGUUUGAUAUUGAACAUGUGGAUGCUUCAGUUGAAAAUGUCAUUGAAAUGAAUGUGGCUUUGGUUGAACUGAACAGCUCUGAUACAGAGGAAGAAGAUUCAGGCUCGGAAGAUGACUCCGAAAGCGAGGACAGUUCUGUUUGUGAAGAAGUGACCGUCGACAACAUUAAGUUUCCUAAACCGAAAGGAGAAGGCAGAAUAGAAAUUUUGGACCCUAGAAGUACUGAGUAGAUGUUUGCUGUCUCAGAUUUCGAUUCAUGUUACAAGCCAUGUAUCAUAACUUGAAAAAAAUUCUCUUGAAAAGCUAGUUUGCUUCCAGGUGUGCUACCUGCAGACUGCAUCUCUCAUUCCUAAGAGGCAUGGAAGAUCACUUCAGUCCAAGCCCCAAGAUGAAAAAGAUUAAUAAGGAUCGUCAGGAGCUUAAUAUGGGGGCGGGCAGGGUGGGGGGAGGAAGCACUGAAUCAGGCAGACAGAAAAUACCCGUCAGGCCAAUUGGUGCUUUAAAUUGUAUUCCUAUUUAUUGAUGGAAGCAAUUAUUAGGUUAUAGUGGCUACAUGGAAACUGGCAAUGCUUCUGUCAUGUGCUGGAAGCAUGUAGAUUCUUCUAGUUAUUGGAGAGUCUUGUUUAGCUGCUACCCUGAAUACCUUUCAAAUUGGGGUGAGCUGUGAUGAGUGACCCUUGCGUGUUACUUUGCAACAGCUUCAGCAUGGCAGCUGUAACCUAAGAGCUGAUUUUAGGUCUGCUAUAAUGGGGAGAGAGAAUUGCAUUGGCCUCUUAAGGGGAGGUUCCAGCUGUGGAUAGGUAGCAGCAGCAGGACCAGUCAAAACAUUUCUUGUACAUAGAGGGGAUCACAAGGGAAGCCGCUGAAAGUCCUUUAGCCUAUUUUUCUGAUCCCAAACGUAUAUGUGUAAAUGCUCAGAUUAAGGACAAACUAUCUAGCCUUAUAUCGGAAGUGUUUUCCUCAAAAUUCUGCAGGAUGGUUGAGUGGGCAGCAGUCCUGUUACGCAUUUGAAAUUGGGAUAUUUCCUAUGUUUUCAUAAAGAAGAUGUGGGUUUGUUAAAUAAAUAACUACUAUUUUCAA